AUGAGGAGAGGCAAGUCACGGUUAGUCCGGACAGAGUCCGUCCCGUGUGACAUCAACAACCCUCUACGAAAGCCACCCCGGUAUUCGGACCUGCACAUCAGUCAGACGCUCCCCAAAACCAACAAGAUCAACAAGGACCACAUCCCUGUCCCUUACCAGCCAGAUUCUAGCAGCAAUCCCUCGUCCACGACGUCCUCCACGCCCUCCUCGCCAGCACCCCCUCUCCCACCCAGCGCCACGCCGCCUUCUCCCUUACACCCUUCCCCACAGUGCACAAGGCAGCAGAAGAACUUCAACCUGCCAGUGUCCCACUACUACAAAUACAAGCAGCAGUUCAUCUUCCCAGAUGUGGUGCCAGUGCCGGAGACACCGACCCGGGCGCCCCAGGUCAUCCUGCAUCCGGUGACCUCGAAUCCAAUCUUGGAAGGAAAUCCAUUACUUCAAAUUGAAGUGGAGCCAACCUCGGAGAAUGAAGAGGGCCACGACGAGGCCGAGGAGUCGGAGGAUGACUUUGAGGAGAUGAACCUGUCCCUCCUCUCGGCCCGGAGCUUCCCGCGCAAGGCCAGUCAGACCAGCAUCUUCCUGCAGGAGUGGGACAUCCCUUUCGAGCAGCUGGAGAUCGGCGAGCUCAUCGGGAAGGGCCGCUUCGGGCAGGUGUACCACGGCCGCUGGCACGGCGAGGUGGCCAUCCGGCUGAUCGACAUCGAGAGGGACAAUGAGGACCAGCUGAAGGCCUUCAAGCGAGAGGUGAUGGCCUACAGGCAGACGCGGCACGAGAACGUGGUGCUCUUCAUGGGCGCCUGCAUGAGCCCGCCCCACCUGGCCAUCAUCACCAGCCUUUGCAAGGGACGGACGCUCUAUUCUGUAGUGAGGGAUGCCAAGAUCGUCUUGGAUGUCAACAAAACAAGGCAGAUUGCCCAAGAAAUUGUGAAGGGCAUGGGCUACCUCCACGCCAAGGGAAUCCUUCACAAGGACCUCAAGUCGAAGAACGUCUUCUAUGACAACGGCAAAGUGGUGAUCACAGACUUUGGGCUCUUCAGCAUUUCCGGGGUGCUGCAGGCUGGCAGACGUGAGGACAAACUGCGCAUCCAGAAUGGCUGGCUGUGCCACCUGGCGCCUGAGAUCAUUCGCCAGCUGUCUCCCGACACGGAGGAGGACAAGCUCCCCUUCUCCAAGCACUCGGACGUCUUUGCGCUGGGCACAAUCUGGUAUGAACUCCACGCCAGGGAGUGGCCUUUCAAGACCCAACCAGCAGAGGCAAUAAUCUGGCAAAUGGGCACAGGCAUGAAACCCAACCUCAGCCAGAUCGGCAUGGGGAAAGAGAUCUCGGACAUUCUUCUCUUCUGCUGGGCCUUUGAACAAGAAGAAAGACCCACCUUCACCAAGCUCAUGGACAUGCUGGAGAAACUGCCCAAGCGGAACCGCCGCCUGUCUCAUCCCGGACAUUUCUGGAAGUCUGCAGAGUAG